AUGGGACUGUGCUCUAGCGAUCUCCGUCUUGUAGCUCCAGGUCUCCAGCGUGGCAGUCGCUACUAGUCGCCUGCCUUUGAACGGAUGGAACACUUAUUCCCUCGCAAAAUAUACCGACUGUUACCACACAUUUAAAGGAGCUCCGCGUCUGUAUUGGUGGAAAAUCUGCGAGUCGUGUGGCUUGUUUUCUUCGACGGAAGACCGCUUGAUUACAACAUCGAGCGACUUAACUCGGGUUCUUCAGUCCUGAAAUGGACACAGGAAUUGUACCUGAAAAGAAAAGGGUGAGCUCGGAGCGGAGGAAGGAAAAGUCGAGGGAUGCAGCGAGAUGCCGGCGAGGGAAGGAGUCGGAGGUGUUUUACGAGCUGGCCCAGCAGCUACCUCUGUCUCACAGCAUCAGCUCCAGCCUGGACAAGGCCUCCAUCAUGAGACUUACCAUCAGCUACCUGCGCUUGAGGAAACUCCUCAGCACUGACGAGCCAAAAUCAGAGGAGGAGAGUGAGUUGGACACCCAGCUGAACAGCUCCUACUUAAAAGCUCUGGAUGGUUUUCUCAUGGUGCUUUCUGAAGAUGGAGAUAUGGUCUAUCUCUCUGAGAAUGUUAACAAGUGUCUCGGCCUGGCACAGUUUGACCUGACUGGACACAGCGUGUUUGAUUUUACGCACCCAUGUGAUCAGGAGGAACUGAGGGAGAUGCUGGUCCACAGAGCAGGCUCCAAAAAGGCCAAGGAAUUGGACGCAGAGCGUAGCUUCUUCCUUCGGAUGAAGUGCACACUCACCAGUCGGGGCCGUACUGUCAAUGUCAAGUCCGCUACAUGGAAGGUGCUCCACUGCUCCGGGCACGUGUGCCUUCAUGACAGCCUCACAGCACAGACUGCCAAUGACCAUGCGGAGUCACCAGUUCCCUACUUGGUGCUCAUCUGUGACCCUAUUCCACACCCUUCCAACAUUGAAGUCCCUCUGGACACCAAGACCUUCCUCAGCCGCCAUACAAUGGACAUGAAGUUCACAUACUGUGACGAGAGGAUCACUGAGCUGAUGGGAUAUGAGCCGGAAGACCUGUUGAAUCGUUCAGUGUACGAGUACUACCACGCUCUGGACUCGGACCACCUUACCAAGACUCAUCAUAACUUGUUUGCAAAGGGCCAGGUCAGCACAGGCCAAUACCGGAUGCUGGCCAAGAGAGGUGGUUUUGUGUGGGUGGAGACGCAAGCAACUGUCAUCUACAACAACAAGAACUCUCAACCACAAUGCAUUGUCUGUGUCAACUUUGUUCUCAGUGGCAUCCAGGAGGAAAAAGUGAUUAUGUCUUUGGAGCAGACAGAAGAUGUGAAGCCUGUAAAGCAGGAGCAGCAGGAUGACGACAAUGCUGUUGUGGAGAGCUGCCCGCCAGAGAAGUCUCCAUCCCCGCUGAAGGAGGUGCUGGUCGAGGAGAAGAAGCCCCCCGAGCUGGAUGUGAUCAAGCUGUUUACACAAACAGUUGAGCCGAAGCCGGUGACCAGCUUGUAUGAUCAGCUGAAAGAAGAGCCUGAAGCCCUCACGCUGCUGGCUCCAGCAGCUGGAGACACCAUCAUAUCCCUGGACUUCAGCUGCCCUGAUGCUGAUAUCCAGCUGCUGAAAGAUGUGCCUCUCUACAAUGACGUGAUGCUUCCUGCCACGAGCGACAAGCUAGCCGCGCCUCUUUCCCCUCUGCCACCAAGUGAGCCCCUCACUGUCGAAACUGUGGAUGGAAAAAGCCCCGCGUCCACACCGGCAACCAAUCACAGCCCAGCACAGGUUCCUCCACUAAUGGACUUUUGCUUAACCAUGGACUCGGACAUGUCUGAUUUCAAACUCGAUCUAGUGGAGAAGCUGUUUGCCAUUGAUACCCAACCCAAGACCCCCUUUACCACACAGACGACGGAGGACUUGGAUCUGGAGAUGUUAGCUCCCUACAUCCCCAUGGACGAUGACUUCCAACUGCGCAGUCUGAGCCCAGAAGAGCCUCUGUCUUGUGGACCAGUCAAAUCCUUGGAGAGCUCACCUGUCAAACAGGAGGUCCAUAAUUAUUCCGGCUCGCAUGGAAGUUGUGCCACCACUCCUGCGCCGCAGGAGCCACUCGUUGUCUCGCCCUCUUCUGUGAUCCUCGCUAAGAGAACACCACAAUUGGAGAAGGGUGUGUCACUCUGGACCCUGGCUGCGCAAAAUGCACAGCGCAAAAGAAAACUGGAAGACAUAAGAGUGAUGGUUGGGAAGGAUACCGUGCUCCAGGAACAUGGGAAAAAGCUGAAGUCCACCACCCAAACUGUAGUUCUGCUACCGUCAGAUUUGGCAAGUUGCCUGCUAGGCAGCACAUCAGAGGCCACCAGUAGCCUUUUCACCCUGCCACAACUCACUCGCUACGACUGCGAGGUCAACGCCCCCUUACAGGGUCGCCAGUGUCUGCUGCAAGGGGAGGAGCUUCUGCGGGCAUUGGACCAUGUCAACUGAGGCGAUGCUGAAAUUGACACGACAGAUCCUCCUCCUCCUCCUCCUCACGACAACCCUCACCCCAACUUUGUCUUAUUUAUGAAUCUGAAUACGUCCACCUUGGUUUUGGCUGCCGGUUGUGCACAUCAUGUGAAGUCUAUAGCAUUCCGCUGUGCCACCGCAGCAUCUGGGUCACUAGGAGGGAAUUCCGACACCACAAAGUUCCACUUUAAUUUUUUUUUUUCUCCUGCCCCCGCCCCACGUCUCUUCCUGGGAGUCUCUUGAGCACACAGCGCCUCUCAAGAUGACCCUUUUCCAGCAGGUCACCGAGAACCUGGCGCAACUGCCAGCAGUGUAUUGUAAGCUUCAGUCGCACAAUUUAUAUUUUCUUAAAAAGAAAACUAUUACCAGCAAUAUAUAUAUAUUAAGCCUUUUUAAACUAGUUGUAAUGGGAUUCGAACAGUUUUAUCAUUUGCUCCCAUACUUUGUAUGUUGUAGAGUACUCUUAAUGUCUGUAGUCCGCAAGUAUGAACAUAUUGUUUUAAGCCUGCUGUGGUUUGAAUGUUAGCUUCAGUCUUAUGUAUAAUUGUGUAGCAGUCCAGUACAUGUCACUUUAUUAAUUUCUUGGUAUUAUUGUAUGAAUAACAGGGAAAUGCACUUGUAUGUACGUGCUCUGUCAAAACAUAACCUGGUUUGCUUUGCUUCACAUUAUACGACCUUUGUUUUCCAUCAAACACGCGAUGACAUGGAUGGUCUUUGUUUGACGUUCAAAAGGGAAAUGAGGGAGAUCAUUGGUAAGUUGUCCAACAUUGCUCAGUUAAUUGUCGUCUGUGUAAUUGAUCAGGUAAUCAAUCAUGCCACGCUUAUUGUUGCUGUCCAACAUUAAACGGCUCUUAUAUAA